AUGCUCAACCAAAAACUCCGAGUUGGCAUUGCUGGUCUUGGCCGAAUGGGCAAACGUCAUGCUGCGAAUUUUGCUCUCACGUCCCGGGCGACUGUAGUGGCAGUCAGUACUCCCGAUGAAGGGGAAUGCAAAUGGGCAGCGGAGAACCUCGAGGGCGUAAAGAUCUACCACGACUACGCAGAAAUGCUUGAGAAAGAGGACCUGCAAGCGGUGGUGGUCGCGAGUGUUACUGCUGUCCACGCAGAGCAAACGUUGAAGGCCAUUGAAAAGGGUCUACAUGUUCUUUGCGAAAAACCUCUCAGCAUUGAUGUUGGAAUUGCGCAAUCCGUGGUCGACGCCUAUAACAAAUCACUCCAAACCUAUCCCAACCAGAAAGUGAUGUGCGGGUUUUCAAGACGCUUCGAUGCAUCCUAUCGCGAGGCCUACAAAAGAAUUGCACAAGGAGAAUAUGGUCAGCCAGUGGUGUUCCGUUCGCAAACCGCCGAUCUCCACGACUCGUCCGGCUUUUUCGUUGAAUAUGCCAAAACCAGUGGUGGUAUCUUCGUUGAUUGUUCCAUUCACGAUAUCGAUCUUAUGCUUUGGUUCUUCGGAGAGGAUUGCCGAAUCAAGAGUCUGCAAGCGGUCGGAGUAACAGCUAUUCAUCCCGGACUGGAAGCCAGCAAAGACAGAGACAAUGCGAUCGCAACGGUCGAGUUUUUCGGCGGGAGGAUUGCCUCUCUAUAUUGCUCGCGCAUGAUGGCAGCUGGACAGGAAGACACGACGGAGAUCAUUUGCACAAAGGGCUCUUUGAGAAUCAACAUGCAAGGCCGGAAGAAUCAUGUCGAAAUUCAUGACUCGACGGGUGCUCGACGCGAGCUUCCGCAGCAUUACUAUGAACGAUUCAAGGAGGCUUUUGUCACUGAGGCGCAGGAAUUUACAGCAUGCUGCUUGGAUAACAAGCCUCCGCCGAUCAGUCUUCAGAGCUCGGUUAAGGCUGUCGCUAUUGGUCAAGCUCUGCAGCGAAGCUUGGUCACUGGUGAUAAAUUGUUUUUCGACGAUAAAGGGCUCAUGAACUAA